GACCACGUGUCAUUCGUCAACCCCAACCUCCCAGACGCCCUCCACAUGCACCCCCUGCUCGCCUCGACCCACCUCAGCCAUGCGCCUAUAUCAUACGACGUGAGACUCGCCCCGUCCUCCACAUCCAUCGUCGACCGCCGAACCCGGACGCCCAUCCCCCCCCACACGCUCUCCCAGCCCGCUACAGACCCCCCUAGCGCCAAAUCGGUGCUGAGAUGCGAUAAGCUCCCGUGGCCGGUCAUCUUCCACGCUGCAUCAACAAUAACGAACCUCGACCUGCUGCGUGCUGUCCACAGCGCGCUCUCGAUGCAGGUGACCCAAGAGGAAUGGGACGCGCUAGGGCAUGGCACGCACGCCCAGCUGAAAGCGACGAGAGCUUACGAGACGCGGUGUGCUGCUGCAGGGCUUGGCACUGGAGCAUGGGAGGGCGGGAUCAGGAGGAUCGACUGGCUGGGCGAGAAGACGUGCUUGGUCGGCAUCGAGGUCGAUAGGAGCUCGGUUGAGAGCGGUGUUGGGAAGUUGAUCUUUGCGAGGCCUUGAUCUUGCCAUACUCUUAGCGCCUUUUACAUGUCUGGGAAGUUUCGUAUCUCUGAAAUUGACACAUUUGCUUCAUGGGAUACAUAACUGGAUUCAGGACGUCACUAAAUAUUACAGAAACAAGUACAGAG